AAGUGUCUGUAGGACCAAGGACGGGGUGGGAAUUGUCAGAAAAGACGUCGCUUGUUUCUCAGACGACACUAUGGGGUCGGCUGCCUCAAAGCGGAAAAAGAACACAGCAGCAAAGCUUAGUGCUGUCUCAGCAGUGACAAGCAAAACACCUAAAAAUGAGGAGCCAAAUACAGGUAAUGACAGUGCCACCUUGCAGCAAGAACCAGUACUGCAGCAGAAAGAAACAGAAAAUGGUCAUGGUACAAAUGGUACAAAUGGUAACAGCAGCACCACCAUGCAACAAGAUGCAGUACUGCAGCCUGAGAGACCAGCAGACAGACACCUGUUGAAUGGGGGGAACAAGAAUGGUGAGACCGUUGCUACCACGCAUGAUGGGUACAUCACAGAAGAGCCCAAACGGACAUACACAGCAACAGAGCUGAAACAGCUGGUACUAGCAGCAGUUAUCAUUCAAAGAUGGUUCCGUGGCUAUCGGACGCGGAAAGACUUAGAGACAGAGCAGCGAAUGGCACGGCUCAUCCAGAGGAAGUUUAGACGUCACUGUUUGACUGUGAAGAAAGCAGUCCUACACGAAAGACCAUCUCGGAACACGGCAUCACCAGUACCCAGCCCCAGGAUGGGUCAGAGGUCACCAAGAAGAGCAAAGCUGGCCGACCCUGUUGGCGAAAGGUCGCCACUUUUGAUCCGAAAAUUUGGCCAGGCACGACCUGAUAGCGCUGGAACAACAUCUACCCAGACCCAGGAGGGCAAAGGUGAAAAGGGUCAAGGGUCAUCAGAUGGAUCAUCCAAUAAGAAACCAGGUCAGGUGUCAGCAGAGGAUGCAGCCAAUAACACAAGAGGUCAAGGGUCAAUGUCAUCUCUUACUGCAGACAGCACCACAGCAGGUCAGCAGAAAGGGGGAAAGGUCAAAGGACAAAGUUCGCCAAGCCCAAGCAAGAGUAGCAAGAUCUCAGAUUCCCUGGUCAGCCUCCAACAUCGUAAAGAGAAGAGAGAACAUCGUGAACAGCCCUGGACAGAGGACACUCCGGAACACGAAGACUUGGAGUGGAAGAUAGGAGACAAACUCCAGCUGAACAUUGAUGGGUACCAGGAUGACAUUGUGAGUCUGCGCUGGAAGGGGGAACAGCUGGAAGAGAAGGCGGCUCUCGCUGCACGAGGCUUCCCCACUCCUCCCAGAGUUGUGCUGAUAUCCUCCACUGUACCAAAGGCCAAGUUUCUGCCUCUGACUGUGAAGGAAGAUCCUUCUGUCUUGGUGGUCCCCUAUGACCACCAGAAUGACAGCUUUGAAAAGAUACUGGGUGAUAUUCAAAGCAAGUUGACCAGCUAUUGUCCCGGAUGCAAGGCUAAAUCCUUGCUGAUGUACAUGCAGGGAGGUCCAGCUCAUCUGUACCUGAAGAAAAACAAGGUGACGACAGUCGCCAAACUGAAGAAGGGAGGCCACGGAGACAUGGUUUGUUUCUGGAAGGCACUAGGGAGCCUGAUGAGUAAGAUGGAACCUGACACUACAGUUAUACACAUCAUGGGCUGUAAUGUCAUGGGAUAUCCCAAAUAUGUGGGCAUUGAUUUGUUUGAGUGCUUGCAGGAGCUGAUGAAACCAUCCAUUGUUAGAUUUGAGGCUCCACUAGAGAUGUCUAUCGAAGGCAAUGCUGUCAUUCAGAGUUACUUUGACACCAACAAGUACAAGCUGUGGAAGUCGCAGAGAUACUCCAACCUGGACAGGGUGUUUGGACUCUGAUCAUCAACUGUCGCAACAACUAAUGAACCUGUCACACCUAUCCUCCAUUAUGCUGAGGUCACAUUUCCAAACCGGGGCCCGGCCGGGCUGUUUGUAUGAACAAAAAAAUCAACAAUUCUUAUCAGGAAUAUACACAAAUGGUAUUGCUUCUGA